UUUUUUUAUUGCAAGGGGAAAUUAAACCAUAUUCAAUUGGAUUAACAAGUGAAAGCUUAACAAACGAACCUAAGCCCGAAUUAAUAAAACAGCAACAAACUAAGCAAAAUGGUAAAGAUUUGCCAAUUACCAAAGCAAGCGAAGUGCUGGUGUAUCACAAUGGGAAAUGUCAUGGAUGGCCUUUGGUGGACAAAAUGUUUAAAGCAUUUUUAAAAUUGGAUAGAGGAGUCAAUCUGGUGAAAGUGCGGUGUGAUGAGUUAGCAGUGGAGAGAGAUUUGCAAAUUUGUUAUGAAAAGCAAAUGAAUCAACCAAGGUUUGUUCGUGUUGUUUACAUCAAAUGCUCAGACAGCGAUGGAUCAUUUGAUGCACCUGAAAAUAAAAAUAACAGCAUUGAAAUUGCUUUGAAAAAGCUUAGCUUUAAUGCAAGGCUUCUACAGACAUUUAUGGCAGAGGAUAUGAAUAGGCAUGGGUUUGGAUACCAGACAUUUGAACUUGAAGAAAAUGAUGAUGGCACAAUUUUAAUUCAUGUUUUCUCAAGUGGCUUGACCACUGAGAAAGCACAUCAAAUGAAUGGUGAUGAAUUGUACAGUUGGUUUCUGGAAGAGCUAACAAGUUCCUCGAAAAAUGACCCAAAUUGCAAAUUUUUGGCAUUCAUGUCCUGCUCUCAUUAUGACCCCCCUGAACAGAUCAAUGCCGAGGACAUCCCACGCUACGUAAAGGCGCACACUGCCCUGGGUGGGGGGCAGCUUGGCUUAUUUGGUACAGCUGGGCUACACACCUGGGCUGAAGAUGUGGGGGAGUUGGUAAAAUGUUUUACUGACCAAAGAGAAAUCGAUAAAAGGAAACUUUUUGACGACAGCGCCAAAAGGGGAACAUUCUGGGCGAAUUACUCUACAACUCUUGGCGCAGCUCUCCACGAACUUGGUCACUGCUUUGAUCUAAUGCACAUGCCAGAAGGAAUAAUGGCAAAGGAUUUGACGAUAUACAUCACUUCGCAGUGA